AUAUUGCAGCAUGCAACGUAAAAGGCUCAGUAUCUAUGUAGUUCUCGGGUUUGCUUAACGUUGUGAACGGUUUCCUUUUCAUCGAAGUGCAAAAUAUUAUUACACCUUUUCAAUAGUUACAGAAUAAUUUACGUUAUCACGAAUUCAUCACUUCAUGUGUUUAAUGUUCCGGAUGAGUGACAACCUGAAGAAUGAUGAAGGUUUUCGUACACAACGUCAAACAUACAAUUCACGACAGCCUGAGCCUCUUCAGGAAGAAGCUGAAAGCCCCACUCCCUGAAAGAGGAACCUUCAAGAACUGGUGGUCGUCUGUGUUGGCUCUUAUCAGCUACUCAGUCGGUCUAGGGGACUUUUGGAGAUUCCCAUAUCUUUGUUCAAAACAUCGCGGAGUAACAUUCCUGGUCCCGUAUUUCAUCGCUAUGAUCUGUAUCGGCGCGCCUCUCUACUUCUUGGAACUGGCCCUGGGACAGUACGUCAGUUUGGCGCCAACCCAGUUGUUUUCUUACUUGUGUCCUGCUUUAUCCGGCGUCGGCUACGGAAUGAUCCUGAUUCUCUUUGCUGUCGUGAUCUACUACAAUAUAGUGAUGGCCUGGACGCUCUUCUACCUGGGAGCCGGACUGAGCUUCAAGAAGCCGGAGCCCUGGGGCACGUGUGAAUACCAGUACAUGCCACAGAAUUGCUCAGCGGAACCUGGAGGGCGCCUGGUAGCUUCCAGAUAUUAUUUCGAACACAUCGUACUAAACCAACCAAUAGGCGAUGAGGUUGAGCUCGGAGCAAACGGCAUCCAAUCCAAGAUGGUUUUGGCCUUGGGAGUGGCGUGGUUACUCGUCUUUGUGUGCUUGGCGGGGGGUAUUAAGAGUACGAAGAACGUCUUGAUCUUCACUGUGUUCUGCCCUUACGUCAUCAUGGCUUGCAUCUGGGCUUGGACCGCUGACCAAUCGGAAGAUCGUAUGACCUACACGCUGCCAGACACCUUCUUACAACUCGACAUGAACUACCUUCUAACUGAGAUUAGUGUUUGGAACGAUGCAUCCACACAAGUGAUCUACUCCCUGGGCGUUGCCUAUGGGGGCAUUACCACGAUAGCCUCUUACAACAAAAUUGAUCAGAACAUUCUCAGAGACACCAUCAUCGUGUGCCUGUUCGAGGCCCUAACGUCAAUAGGUUGCGCAUACGUUGUCUUCAGCAUCUCCUACUACAUGUCUAAAGAGUUCCUGAUGGUCAGUGGUAACACUCCUGAGCUCGUCUUCGUCACCUUCCCUGCGGUGGUCUCCCGGAUGGGAUCUGGAGGGAUUUGGUCACUGCUCUUCUUCUUCAUGAUUUUCGCUCUGGGAUUUGACAGCCAGCUCAUGAUGGUGGAAGCGUUGACCACGGCCCUGUUCGACGAGUUCCACAUCUUACGACGGCGCUACGUCGCCGUCAUGGCGGCGUUCUGCUUCGUGCUGUUUCUCCUCGGGAUCCCGAUGACGCUGCCGGAGGGCAAGAAGAUCUUCGACAUGCUGAACGUUUACAGUAGCAGUCACUCCCUCCUGCUCCUCGGCUUCCUAGAAGUCGUGAUCGUCGCCUAUGUUUACGGUUUCAAGAAAUUCCUCGGAAUCAUCAAGGACGAACUUAGAGUCUGGGUACCAUCUCCACUAUAUUACUUCUGGGCAGUCACCUGGUUAUUACUUACGCCUCUGUCUCUUUUGAUUCUGCUGGGCUUCUCCAUCUAUGACGAAUACCAGAAAGUCUGGAAAGAAGAGGAGAGCUUCGACAAGCUCUUCUUGACCGGUAUUGCUCUGUCGUUCUCCGUCUUCUUCAUCGUUCCUCUGCGUGCUGUCUUUGUUUUCCUCAGGAGGUGGAUCAAGGGUGGCUUUCGGUGCAAGGAUACAUCCGAUAUUUGGAAGGCCACGUCCAAUUUCUGUCCGGAAUACGUCCGAAACGGGAGAGACCCCGAUAUCGUCAAUGCUCACCUUCCCGAGGGAGAGUUCACUUGCGUCGGAGUUUGAAGGUCCUUUGUGGAAGACUGUGACUGACGACCAAGUACAAAAUAGAAAUAAAUAAAUAGAUAAAAAAAAAAAGCCCAUCUGAGUCUAAGCGGUAUAAGCCAGCUCGAGCCUUCCUAUCGCCGAGGAAAAGCUUCAGCUGGGAUUAGAGUGGGUGAGGCAUGCAAUCUCAUCUCUUGUGAAAUUGCAAACUGAAAUUUCCCAUUCUUUAAGUUCACACUCCGAAGGGAAAACGGCCGCGAGCUAAGAAACAUAUUGAGAUACUGUUUACACUGAAUUCAGUCCAUUUUCGUCUAUCAAAAAUAUACCAAUAUUUUAAAGUUUCAUGACAAUACUCAGGUGUUGUUAAAUAAAGGAUCUCUGUGUGAAUUGGAAGCAUCUGGGCGACCUACUAACGACGUGAUAUCGGUGGUGCAAUUUAAAUACCAUUUUCUGAUUAAUCGAGUUUGUCUGAUAUUUUUGUAUACAUAUUUGUAGCAUAAUACCAUUUUGUAAAACUUGCUCUUAGUCACUCGCUUCUCAUAAAUAUUCCAUUAUGCAUUCCCUCAUACUUUCAUCAAACAUAAUCUCAUUGUUUAUUCAUUAUUAAUUUUAGGCUCAAGUGUCUAACUUAUCUCUCUCUCUCUCUCUCUCUCUCUCUCUCUCUCUCUCUCUCUCUCUCUCUCUCUCUCUCUCUAAGCAUUUUCCUUAAAUUCAGAUAAUUCUGAACCUACUGACUUUCCAGGAUUCUUCCAAUUUUGCUUCCAAAAGCAUUCUCUUUUCUUUUCUCUAUUUCGAUAUUCAGGCGUCCUGACACUCUCUCAUGCUCUGAUAUCAAACGCUUCAGUUAUCUUCAUAUCAGAUUCUGACACCUUCGGAUUAGACAAAGUUCCAGAAUGAUGACACUUCCUCGGAUUAGGCAAAGUUCCAGAAUGAUGACACUUCCUGAUUCCUUGCCAUUCAUUUGCUCACGCUCUUUGGGUCUUGGCUAAGUGCGGGGACACUGGGUUCCUGUCUAACUGGCCUUUGAUUCUUGAAUAAAUGUUAUUUUUUUGUUUAGUAAGCUGAAAAUUCAUUAAAAAAAAUGGAGGAAGGAGACAUAAUAUUUGGCUCCAAUAAAAACUGAAAUGAU